ACCUCAAUUUAUGUUUAAUAACAUUUUGUGCAUAUGCUUUAUUUUUAUAAUAAGGGAACGACCCACACGGAGUUUUAUAUCAGUUCUUUCGUGUUCUGAAACAUACCGGAUGUAUGUGGGUUUGGCAUUUGUGAGCGCAUGCGGUGUUGGAUGUGAAGAAGCCAUCGCCCAUUGAUAACGGUAGUUUGUUCAUAUUGUGGGUAAGUGUUGAAAAUUUGCAGAAUGUAGCAUAAUUAUAGUCAAACGCGUCCUCAUUUGUGUUUGAGCUCCAGGAAGGUGACUUGCGAAUGUCGAAGUUGAUCUCAACGCCAUGUCAAAACCUUUGACGCUGUAAUAGUUUAUCAAACGUGGAGUGUUCCAAGCAUUAAUUGGUCUUUGUAACAUCGUAUAUGGGAUGUAAAUGACCCAGGUUUCAAGGUCAGAAGAAAGCAGUUGAUGAUUUGCCCCUGAAGGCAGUUGAAGCUGAGAGAAUACUUCAUGGGCUGAGUUCAGAGGAAAAACCAUUCAGCCCCCUAUUGGUAAUGUCAAUGUUACGAAUAAAAGCGGUGAAAACAGGAUUUUUGCCGCAGGAGGAUGCGUGAAUACAAAAUUGUUGUUUUGGGAAGUGGAGGUGUUGGAAAAUCUGCAUUGACUGUACAAUUUGUACAAGGCAUAUUUGUGGAAAAAUAUGACCCGACAAUCGAGGAUAGCUAUCGCAAGCAAGUGGAGGUGGAUGGACAGCAGUGUAUGCUUGAAAUUCUGGAUACUGCAGGCACAGAGCAGUUUACAGCAAUGCGGGACUUGUACAUGAAAAAUGGCCAGGGAUUUGUUUUGGUUUAUUCCAUAACUGCCCAGUCAACAUUUAAUGAUCUCCAAGAUUUACGAGAACAGAUUUUGAGAGUGAAGGACACUGACGAAGUCCCAAUGGUUCUGGUUGGGAACAAAUGUGAUUUAGAAGACGAAAGGGUAGUUGGUAAAGAUCAAGGAGUUACACUAUCUAGACAGUUUAGCUGUACUUUCAUGGAAACUUCAGCCAAAGCAAAAAUUAAUGUAAAUGAUAUUUUUUAUGACCUUGUUCGACAAAUAAACAAAAAAUCUCCUGAAAAGAAGUCGAAGCCCAAAAAAAAGCCUUUGUGUGUACUGGUAUAAAAAUUAUUUGUGACUGUGUAAGAUAAAAUAUUUGGGUGACUGAACUGUAAAUAAUUACAGAAUGCAGAGUCUGGCCUGAAGAGAGACCUGAUACUGCCACAGUAAGAUUUGAUAGUGUACAAGCCUUGUGAUAAGACAUUGUUGACAAAAACAUGAACAUCAAGAGCAUGACAUCCUGUUUUGUUUAUGGUUUGUGGCUGGCACAUAACUCUAACAUUAUAUCUUUAAAAAAAUUGUUAUAUAUAAUUUGGAAUAUUCUUUUCUUUUCAAAUGGUGAAAAUAUUCUCCUGUAGCUAGCUAAAACUACAUUUCGGUAUUGUAGUGAAAUUACAUCUUCAGUGUAUGUGUGGCCUUAAACAUAUUAUGUACUAUUGCUGUAAGACUUCAAACUUUGUGGCACUUUCUUUUGUUACUGAAUGGAAACCUGUUCUUACUGAGGUACCCUACUGCUUAUUCUGAAUACAGUCUUUGUUUUUUACUUUUAAUCAAUUUUCUUUAAUAAGCUGUUUCACAUGCUAGAAAAAACUGAAACUGUGCACAAUAUUGGUGGAACAUGAGUGAGAAGUAUAAGGGUGGUUUAGAUCAACUGUAAGGUGGUGUUUGAGAAAAUGUUUCCCUUUCCAUGAAACAAUGCCAAAUUAUACUUAAUACAUUUUGAGAUUUGCCAUGAGGCUCAUUCUCCAUGAAAUCAUGAAAUUUGGGAACCAAAAAAAAUAAUGAUCCUACAUUCAUAAUAUUAAAACAUGUAUUUUCCUCCAUUAUAGUUUUCAAUGAAAUUGUAAUCAGGAAAAAUGUGUAACUAUACUGGCUGUAUGUGUGCAACAGAGGAGAAAAUGAUUUUUCCAAACAUUUUAAAAGUAAUUUGGUUACAAAAAAACUAAACAAAACAUGUUAGAUGUUUGUAGUUUCAAGCUAUGCUACUUCCUGUUUUAAGCUGUAUAGUCUUAUUGCCUAUGGGUAGACCUACCAGAAUUUGUGUAUCUAAUGAGAUAACAGCCUAUUUUUUACCAUGCUUUUGUUUAGAUAAAAAUGUUAAUGUUUUGUUAAAUGGACAGUCUCAGUUCCAUUCAAACUUUAGUUCUGUAGUGUGCUAUAUUAUGUCUACAUUUAUUCGAGUUAUUACAGUUUUAAUUUUUGUCUCAUAAUCAUAGAUAUUCUUAUUUAUAUAUCAGCUUUGUUUUAACAUAAUUAGGUAAUAUACAAUUGAAGGAUUAUCUAAGAACAGCAUUAGUGUUUUUUCUUAUUGUGAUCAAAAAAAUUUUGAAGUCCAUAAUUUUUAGUUCAAAGAUAAGAUAAUUUUUUUUGUGUAACAUAGGAACCCAAUUAUUUUUUUUUUCUCUUUUUUUUUCCCCAGUGUUGUAAUUUCGUUGCCCUUCCGUUACAGGUAUCAAUGGGUGACAUAUAUGGAAUAUUAUUUUACACUUAAAAGCUGUGAUUAUUUUGUAAACAAGAACAAUAAAAUACUAUUGAUAAUCAAAACUA